CGAUACAUAUCCUCUGUAAAUAUAUCGUGCCGAAAGGUGAGGACGCCAAACACAUGUAAGAGACACGGGGUGAUCGAACGUUCGAAUCACAGUGCGAUCGAGUGUUACCGUGCCAGCGUCUCGUCCUCGCCAGCGUCUGUCUAAACUCUAAAUCAUUCCGCUUCGCUCGAUUCGGUUACGAUAACAUUUAUUUGCAUGUCACAGAGCUUCGCUAUUUGUGAAACGAAAGGUCUGAUAUAUUACGGAUAAAUUGUGUUGGAUCGCACGUUGGAUCGAUAAAUCGGAGACUUCGCAAGCACGCCGGGAGUGCUCCUUCGGAAAAAUGGAACCGCGAAACACCGAAACAAGCUCGCAGCAGUAUGAAGAUGGAAGCGAGAGCUUAUUCAAAAGUCUCACGUUACCCCGGCUUCGUUCAUGCUCAUCGACAGACGACUCGUGUCUUUACUCUUGCAACUGCGAAGAGAACUGCACGGAAUGCGAUUACAAUCGUAUAGAUAAUAUGUUCAAAACAUGGAGAAUCAAGAAAGCUCGCGGGAUAGAAACGAAACUUCGGAAGCAAAUAAAGUCCUUUUCGACCGUUCCACCGCGUGAGGGGGAUGCGAAAAUAUAUAAAACUAAUGAAGCCUCGAAUGACACCUUGGCGAAGUUGAAAAGCGAACUCUCGAAGAACUACUGUCCGUAUUCCUCUGACAAUUGCGGUUGCAGUUCAGGCUGCACGGAUUGCGACUACGGACUCCAUACGUAUACAACGAAGAACAAGACCAAGUUGAAAAGUAAAGUCAAGGAACCGCAUGUAAAGUCCUCGAAUGGUUUCAGACAGUUGAAGAUGUCUGAGAGAAGUCGGAAACCCGCAAAAUCAUUUAGCACUGUGAAAGUUUUGAGAAAAAAGACCAGAGAGGAAUUGCCUAAUAAAAAAGUCCUAGAAAGCUGCUAUCCUGAAUCUUCCAGCAGCUACGAUUGCAAGUCGGACUACGCAAAACGUGACUCCAAGGAAUAUACAACUACGAACCGAGUGCUAAAAGUCAAGAAAAAGAUAUUAUCAAGAAAACUGAAAACGGCAACUGUAACAACUCGGAAAUUGCUCGGCAAUAAGAAAGCAUUGAAGAACACGGCGACAAAAGUUUCUGAAAAAAACUUCUUGAAAAACUGGUUUCCUGAUUCUAACAGCUGCGAUUCGAGCUGCACGGACUAUAAAAAGUACGAGAAUACAAAGAGAAGAAAGAUGAAAAACAGAUCCCAAAGAAUGAGAGCGUCAACGAAUUUGAAUACGCUGAACUGUCUUCAGUAGUCGAUGAAUCAUAUGAUGUUACCUAGAUCUCGAAACAAAUAACGAAAAUAUCUCCUAAAAGUAUUUUUUUUAUCCGUGAAUUUGUCAAAUUUGUAUAAACAAUAAUUGUAAUAUAUAUAACAUCUCUUGUAA